CGACGAAAUCAAGCAAAAGCAAGCUAGUUCUGGGCAAGCAACUGGCCAGAAAGCCUUGUUUAUGCAAAAAUUGAAAGAAGCAGCUGAGAAUAAGGACCCUAUCUAUUUACAAAAGAAAAAGGAAUAAUAAUAGCAAGCUAGUUUUACAUCGUUAGUAUAAAACGUAGACAUGUCAGAACUAACGGAACACGGUGGAUUUAGCGAAAAGGAGAAAAUAACUGACCUUCUUGAUAGACGGCACAAGGAGCGCAAAAAUCAAAUUGAAUCUGCGAAGUUAGAACGUCAGAAAGAUGCGGACGAAUCAGAAGCUAUUGAAUAUUUUGAUGCAUCGUUCGAACAAGAGGUUAAGAAAAUCAGUAACAACUUGGAUACGGUAGUAACGAUUGACAGCGGCAAAGCCGUCAUUUUCGAAAAUGUCCAAAAGGAUAUUUUUAAUCUGCAACGAUAUCUGUCCACGUCGACGUUCUUUCUUCACGAGUACAAAAUCAAGGUGUGUCAGAAUACGAUCAAUGAGCUUUGCAAACGAUUGGACACGUUGAAAAACGAACAUAUUCCCAAGAAAAAGUUUGGGUUCAAGAGUAAGAAGACGGUUAAAAACAGUCAAGACGGACGAUAUGCUAUUGGCAAAGCUGCGAAUGCAGCAAGCGUUGAAACUGCGGAAGACCGUAUGAAGUGGACUUUCUCGGGAAGGCGGAACGAAUUAAUUAAGCUAUCUCGUGCUGCAGUCAACGAUCAAACAAUUACGGGAUCAGAUUUAUGCAACUGCAUAGUUCGGCUGGAAGGGCAUUCAGGUUCGUUGCAAUUUUCCAAGCUUAAAAAUUGCCUAGUAUUUUGCGGGCCAACGUCGAGGUCAAUUUUUCUGGAUGAUUGCGUCGAUUGUAAAUUUGUAGUUGCUUGUCAGCAACUGCGAUGUCAUCGUUCGAAGAACUGCGAUUUAUAUCUGAAAGUAACAUCCCGCGCUAUUAUUGAGGAUUGCAGACAGAUUCAGGUGGCCGAAUACAAUAUGAGCUACGACGAAUUUCAUAAUGACCUGGAGAAAUCUGGUUUGGACAAAGCAGCUAAUAAUUGGAAUGAAUUAGAUGAUUUCGACUGGCUUGCCACGGACAAACCAUCCCCGAAUUGGUCCAUUCUGAAGGAUGAUCAAGUCAUCACCAACUGGAACUUGUUUCAAAGCCAGCAUCAAAUAACUUAUAAUCUAUCUAACAGCGAUGAAUAAUAGAUAAAAAAGGCUUUUCGCUUCGCUUUUUGUAGUAUGUA